AUGAAAGUCUUGAUUGCACUCUCCGUUUAUAUUCUUUCUGUGUUACUCGUAUCAGCACACGGCGGCCAUGAAGACUCAGAAGAGAGCGCAAAACUUGCUAAUGCGGGCUACGCCAUUCGACAUAUGGCUACAGAACACCAUAUCGACUCCUUCGACAUGGAGAGUUUCUUCCAGCUUCAUGAUUUGAACAGAGAUGGUGUAUGGGACCGGGAAGAAAUUGAGGCUAUAUACGGCGUCCACCAUGUGUACUCACAGAAAAAGUCGAAGGACGAGAUUGAACAUCAGAAGAAGGCUGAUCAGGUCGCGGAUACUGUACUCAAGCUCUUGGAUAAAGACGGAGACGGCAAGGUCACACCAGAGGAGUUUACCGCUGUUGGGCUAAGUGGCCUGCCGAGUUUUGACGACAUAGGCGCAGAGGGACACCAUUACGACGUAGAAAGCGAGUUUUUCUUACAUCAUGAAGAACAAUAUCACUCGACGCCUGAGACACAAACCGACGCAUCAUACACUCACCCCGAAGACCUUGAACACUUUUCACAGCAUGCAGCUAUUGAACGUGAAGAAGCAGAGCGAGAGGCAAUAUUUCAAGGGAUCACAGUUGAGGAAGCCAUUCGCGCACAUGAAGAGCCCCCUGCACGUCCUGCACCCCCCGCUGAAAGCGCGCCAAAGCCCAAAAUUACCCGUGGAGUCCCACCAGAGAAACAGGAUCCGGUGGUCAAGUACAAAGAUAUUGGCAAGGAGAGUGACAGCCAGUCAGAAUGGGGUACCGGAGAACAAGGCUACAAGCAGCCUAACACACCGGCAGAGAAAACGAGGAAGAACCUCCCAUACAAGGAACGUAUACAGUAUAAAUUCCGACGGAGUUGGGGAGAUUUCUGACGAGAUAUCUGCUGAUUACUAUCCGCUGCUUUCCCCCUAGGAAUUCAUUCGCAUCUAUAUAUACCCAUGUGCUUUGCGUAUAGAACAGCGAACAGAUCCCAUGUACAUCCUAGAGAGACACAAAACAGUUCAUCCCCUCAACGGCCGUCGAACAUAUCGUCCAAAACUCCCUGCUCAACCGCCUCCCAAUCGAUGUUCCCACUACUUGCAUACACGCUCUCGUAAGAUGAGAUGCUCACAUGGGAGAAGAAUGGGAAAAGGUCCCUAAUCGAGUCAAUCUGACGGAUUGAUUUUAGUAUGGGCCUCCGUAAAGCACGAUCGGAAUGGGCAGCAGGGAAAGCAAUGGAAGCUGAUGUUGGCAUU